UCUGUUGCCAAGGCGCCGGCCGGCCCGCGGGCCGUGAGGGCGACACUGGUGGCGUCGUCCUCUGCCCCCAUCCCCGGGGGCGAGAUGUCGGGGCUCAGCCACUUAGAGUCGGAGGGCUGCCGAAACCUACUCGGCCUGCUGGACAACGACGAGAUCAUGGCCCUCUGCGACACCGUCACCAAUCGCCUGGUGCAGCCUGUGGACCGCCAAGAUGCUAUUCGUGCAAUAUUAGUGUAUAGCCAAAGUGUAGAAGAACUUCUGAGGCGCAAAAAAGUCCACCGAGAAGUCAUAUUUAAGUAUUUGGCAAAGCAAGGAGUGGUUGUACCUCCCACUGCUGAAAAACACAGUCUUAUUCAGUAUGCAAAAGAUUACUGGAGAAAACAGUCACCAAAACUGAAGGACACAGCAGAGCCAGUUAAGGAGACGGAGGACAUCCAGCUCUUUGAGCAGCAGGCAAAGGAAGAGAAGGAAGCUGAAAAGGUUGAUUUUCGUCGCUUAGGAGAAGAAUUCUGUCAUUGGUUCUUUGAACUUCUUAAUUCUCAGAAUCCUUUUCUGGGCCCACCUCAUGAUGACUGGGGCCCACAGCACUUCUGGCAUGACGCCAAGCUUAGGUUUUAUUAUAACACCUCAGAACAAAACAUGACAGAUUACCAAGGAGCAGAAAUCGUCAGCCUUCGCUUACUGUCAUUAGUCAAAGAGGAAUUUCUCUUUCUCAGUCCCAACCUUGAUUCUCAAGGACUAAAAUGUGCGUCUUCUCCUCAUGGAUUAGUUAUGGUUGGCGUUGCAGGGACUGUCCACCGAGGAAAUUCUUGUUUGGGCAUAUUUGAACAAAUUUUUGGACUUAUCCGUAGCCCUUUUGUGGAAAAUACUUGGAAAAUCAAAUUUAUCAACCUGAGAAUCAUUGGAGAAAGUUCCCUUGCUCCUGGAUCAUCACUGAAGCCAUCUAUAACAUUUGAACAGAGUGAUCUGGAGGCCUUUUAUAACGUAAUCACUUUGUGUAGUAGCCCUGAAGUAAGACCUAACAUAAGGCAGAUAAUAGAUAGUGGCACUGGAGACCAGGUUUUACGUAGUGGAGAUGAAGCAUUGUUGAACAAAAGGGAAAUGAAUUUGCCUAACCCUCUAAAGCAUUGAGCACUGUACAUCUGCUUGAAGAAACUGCAGAAACACAACCCGGACCAUCUAUCUCUAAGCCACUGAGAUGUGAGAAUUGACAUAUUUUAGUUGAAAUACCUUUUCGGACUACAGACUAAUGUGAAUACUUGCCUAUUUCUACCUGAGUUACAGCAAAUGUUCUGAGAACUUAUUGCGGUCCACCAAAUAAAUCCCACUUUAGAUAUUGUAGAUACCUGUGUGCCUUAGAAACUUUAGGUAAUGUUUUCACUUUAUUUAGUGACGAGCCUACUCAUCCCUGCUUCCAAGUGGUGGGGGUUAAUAUUAUUCAUGUUCAUAGCUUACUGGAUCUCUUACAAAUGCAUCUCACUAAAGUGUUGUCAAAAGAAAACAGCAUUUUAAAGUAUGUUUAAUAUAAAAGUCUUAAUUAUAUAAGAUACAAAUAAUGGACUUGUUCAAAAAGUCCAGUAAUUUAGCCUGGGAAGAACUUAGCUGCCCUUUUGAAACUUCGUUUUGAAGUUACCAGUUCUAGUCCAAGCAAAUAUCUCAAAAUCUGCUGCUCUUCUGAAUUAUUUUGGGUAAUCAAUGCUGUUGUCAACACAGACCUUUUUACUGCUUAGACUUCAGCCAACAAGGUACAGAAUGUUUCCUAUAAUAAAUACUCUAAAGAUGGAAGGUAUGCUUUGAAAUUUUAAAGGUAUUCACAAUUCCUAACAAAUUACGGUUUUUUUCUCCUGAUUGAUCUUGUCAGAGGUUGACUCUCCACAAAAUAAAAAUAAAUCAUAGAGUUGUGCAAAUAAAAACAGCAAAAUCCGUUUAGAACUUAAAACAUAGGUUUGCACAUAUGUAUACGUAUAUCCUAACAGUUUUCCACCUCUAUGUUACUAGAUUUGAGAUCCAAAGUAGGCUUGACAGGUUAAUUAGACAGUUGCCUUAGUGUUUAAAUUGUUCAUCACCUGGUAGCUAGUUGCUGAUCCUGGAUUUGGUUUGGAAUUUUAAACUUUAUAAUUUGGAAGAAAUUCUGGAAAAUCUGACGGUGUAUUAUACUUGUUAAAUUUUUGCAUUUAACUCUGAUAACUGGGGAGAUUAGUUACAGUUAUUGGAAGUAAGAGGUAAAAAUUCACCACUCCACCUUUGAUUUUUAGUGGCAUGAAGAGCACAAAUAAGCAUGUUUUAACACGAAGGAAUUUUUUUUUUUUUUUUGGUCUGUAUAAGAAGAGUAGACUGUUUAGAUUCA